CAGGGGUGACGCGGAGGGAGGAAGAUGGCAGCCGCCGUGGUAGAGACGGCUCACGUUGCGCGAUGUGCGAACCGGAGCCCGCAGGCGGUGUCGUGGGGCCGAGGCGGCUGUGUGGCCAUCGCGUCCUGCCGCUCCGUCGUGAUUUACCAACCGGAGAAACUACGUGUGACUGAAAUUCUGAAUGGACAUAAAGGAAGAGUUAACUGUGUGCAAUGGGUUCAUAGAGAGGGUUGCGAUCCUGAGGUGGAACUGGUGUCUGGAGCAUCUGAUAACUGUCUGAUCGUUUGGGAAUUGCAGGAUUCUAAAUUUGCAGCAUCCACCUGGUUGGAAGGGCAUUCAGGAGCUGUGUGUGCUGUAACUACUAUACAUGAAACUAAUGGCCAAGAUGAAAAUCCAAAAUUGCUGAUCGCUUCAGCAGCAGCAGAUUCCACUAUUAAAAUUUGGAGAAAACAAGGUUAUGUGGGUGAAUGCAUGCAAACUCUUUCCUUUGGAAGUGGUUUCAUGAUGGAUGUUGCACUAGCACGAUUGCCAGGCAGUGAUGCUGUGAUUCUGGCUUGUGGUGGCGAUGACAGCAACAUUUAUUUAUUUGUACAGGAAGGUGAACAAUUUCAGAAAAUUCAUUCACUUAUGGGCCAUGAAGACUGGGUUCGAGGAGUUGAAUGGGCUGUAUCUGAUGGGAACCUCUUAUUAGCAAGCUGCUCACAGGACUGCUUAAUACGCAUUUGGAGAAUAUUCAUCAGAACAGAAUCUUCUUCCAAGGAUUCCGAUAAAGAGAUUAUUAAACUGAAGGAAGAUAUAUUUACUGUCCAUAAUAAUCAGGAAGAGGUGGCCUAUGCAGUGACACUGGAAACAGUGCUGUCUGGUCAUGAAAACUGGGUUUAUGGACUACAAUGGCAUCCUCCGAUUUACAAAGAUGGCAGACUUGAACAGCCCUUGUCCUUGUUAUCUGCAUCGAUGGAUAAAACAAUGAUCCUUUGGGCUUCAGAUGAAGAAUCUGAUGUGUGGUUGGAACAGGUUCGUGUUGGAGAAGUAGGUGGAAAUACACUGGGAUUCUAUGGCUGCCAAUUUAGUCCCGAUGGAUCGAUGAUAUUAGCUCAUGCAUUCCAUGGAGCUCUUCAUCUCUGGCGUAAGAACAAGUUCAAUAUGGGAGAAUGGAGCCCAGAAGUUGUGCUUUCCGGACAUUUUGGUUCUGUCCAAGACUUGAUCUGGGAUCCUGAGGGAGAGUUUAUUUUAAGUGUUGGUGCUGAUCAGACAACUAGAUUAUUUGCUCCUUGGAGAAGGCCAGGAUGUGACCAGGUGACCUGGCAUGAAAUUGCACGACCACAAAUACAUGGAUAUGACAUGCAGUGUUUAACUAUGAUCGGUCGUUUUCAAUUUGUUUCUGGUGCUGAUGAGAAAGUGCUUCGAGUAUUCACUGCCACUAAGAAUUUUGUAGAAAAUUUCAGUUCGAUUACCUCUGCACCACUUGAGGACAUGCUUUCAGCAAAAUUAGGUAAUGAAAUCCCUGAAGGUGCCAGUGUACCUGCUUUAGGAUUGUCAAAUAAGGCAGUUUUUCAAGGAGAUAUAGAUGCCAAUGCAAGUAAAAUGGAUCCAAGUGCAUUGCCUCUCAGUGUUGCUGACCAAUAUCCCCAGACUUACUUUCAGCCAAUCAACCUUACAGAGCCCCCCUCAGAAGAUCAUCUUUUGCAGAACACACUCUGGGCUGAAGUUCAGAAGCUAUAUGGGCAUGGUUAUGAAGUAUUCUGUGUUGCUUGCAAUUCCUCGUUGACUGUGGUGGCUUCAGCAUGCAAGGCCUCGAAAGUGGAACAUGCAGCAAUUAUUUUGUGGAGUACCUCCAAAUGGAAACAGCUACUUAGUUUGCCAUUGCACAGCCUAACUAUUACUCAGUUGGCAUUUUCACCAAAUGACCGAUUCUUGUUGGCAGUUUCACGGGACCGAACCUGGUCUCUCUGGAAACAACAUGAAAUGGCUGAAUCUAAUUCAGAUCCUUUUUUCUCCCUCUUUGCGCACAGUGAUAAAAGUAAACCGAUACACAGCCGAAUUAUUUGGUGCUGUGACUGGACUUUCAACAGCAAGUACUUUGUCACUGGUAGCCGUGACAAGAAGCUGGUUGUAUGGGGUGACGUGGAUUCAGCUGGAAGAAUUGAAGGAAGCCCUAGUAUUGUAAAGCCCUGCUCAUCAGUGUUGGAUGCAGGGGAUGCAGUGACAGCUGUCAGCUUCAGCCCUGUUACAAGUCUAGAUGGGAGCUAUAUUCUUGCAGUAGGUUUAGAUUGUGGAAACAUAUCAUUAUAUAAGUGGAAGCCAGAUAUAAAUCCAUCAGCAAAAACUGACUGGGUCAAAUGUGUGAAACUCAGCAAAUCACAAUGCCACACUUUAACUGUGAAACAACUGCGUUGGAGGAGACGUGUGGGACGAGCAGGUUUUAAAGAUGAAGAUGACAGUGACUGGUUACAGCUAGCAAGUUGUGGUGCUGAUCAUGGUGUCAGUAUCUUCAAUAUUAACAGAUUGUCACUUUAGCAAACCUUACUAAGGAUUUCUUGCUGUCCAGUUAAAGUUAUGUGGGAAAAUGCCAUCAAAUAAUGAAAAUAUGUUCUAAUGUCUAGUAACUUGUAUUUGGUGCCCAAGGAAAGUGAUCUGAUGGUUGCAAAGGAACAUUUAUUUUACAUGCAACCAUUGAAAUGAACAUGUGGAACUAUUAUACAGAAUUCUGGACACCAUUUGCUCUCAGCAUAUAUGACACAAAAAUAUAACAGUUUUGUCUCUGUAGGACUCUUUAUGGGCUACCUGUUAUGGUUUUAUGGAAGAGCAGAAACAGUAUGCUAUUACCUGGUUCCAUCUGCCUGUCAACCCCUCACCUCUCUAAUGUUAGCUAUUCCCCCCCCCCCUUUACACUCUCAGUCCUGAUGCUGGGUCUCGACCCGAAAGGUCAACUAUACCUUUUCUUCCAUAGAUGCUGCUUGACCUGCUGAUUUCCUGCAAAAGCUUGUUUUUGCUCCAGAUUCUAGCAUCUGCAGUCUCUUGUGUUCCCAAGAAUGUGCUAUCUUUCUCCUCUGAUAUAGUGUGCAUUGUGAGAGCCCGUUAACAAUUGCAAAAGCACAGGGAAAGAGGAUAGUUUCAAUAAUUCAAUUGGGUAAAGGUUUGAUAUUUUCAGGUAUUCAUUGGUGAUGGUAUUUUAGUGCCAAAAACAUAGAGGACUUCGAACAAAGAUACAGUAAUAAAGUUCCAAUUCACUGUUUGGGUUUUAAGAUAAUUUUCUCAAACAGUUGGUACAAAUGUUAGUAUUGUCAGCAAAUGAGAUUUUGUAUCUGCAAUACUUUUCCCUUCUUCUGCCUUGUUUACUUGUGUGAUAGAAAAUCUCAUUUGCUGACGAUGCUAACAUUUGUAACCCUGUUCGAGAAAAUUACCUUGAAAGGCAUUACCGAUCUGAGCACUGACAGGAAAAGAAGCACAUUCAUAACUGUCCCAAUUCAACUUUACCUUUCCUUUAGCCACCAGUGCUGUAGAGUGCUUCCGGCUAGCUGCGGAACACAGUUCAGCUUAUCGUGAACUUAGGAGUGGGUGGUCCAACACAGAGAAUACAAUGGACCACACUGUCCAGUGCUGGAUUCAGUAUUGAGCACAGAUGGACAAAGAAGAGGGAUUGGAUAUGCUUAAAAUCCAGAGCUGGCUGCUGGAAAGACUGAGAACCCGUUCACAUGAAUGGGGAUGCUAACGUGGUGAAAGUUAGUGAAAGUAAGCAGUUUAUACAAGGAGUUUUAAUUAUUUGUUGUCAUUAUAAGAUGUUUCCUAAAAAUGAGUAAAAAUGUGUUCAUAAAUUUAUUUCAACUGCUUUAUUGGAGACAAUGAAAACUAAAAGUUGCAGGACCCUUGUGGAAAAGGUGGGAUGUGCAAGGGUGUCCACACAAUAGGAGUACAAACCGACAGCAAGCACCACCAGAGGCAUUGGCUCAACGGACCCUCCAAACACAGACAGGUUAGUGCACGAAUCUCUCUCUAUGUCUUUACGCCCCUAUCUUUAUGCCUUUACCUUGCUGUAUCUCGUCUUCUCUACCUUGCUCUAUUUAUCUCUAUAUCACUCUAUAUCUACCCAAAUCUAUUACUCUCUCUAUCUGUCUGUCUCUCUACAACUAUCAACUUACCUUGCUCUGUCUCUACCCAUCUCGUGUUCUCUCUACACCUAUCUCUCUAUAUCCCUCAUUCAAUAACCACCCUCUGUUUCUUGCUCUAUCUCUACAUCGCUCUACCUCUACAUCUAUUCCUCUCUGUUAACUCCCUCUAUCACUCUCAUUUCUCUCCUUCUUACCUCCAUAUUGCUCUACAUCUACCUACCUUUCUAUUUUUAUACCUAGAUUGCUCUUACUCUCUUUCUGUUACCUCUAUCUAUGUCCAUUUCUUUCUACAUCCAUCACUCUCUUACCUCUCUCUUUCUACCUCGCAUUCUCUGUCCAUCUCCAUCACCCUCUGUCUGUCUAGCUCGGUAUCUCUCUCUCUAACCUCUCUCAAUGUCUACCUUCCUAUCACUAUAACUCUAUGUCCUAUGUUGCUGUCUAUCUCACCUCGCUGUGUCUACAUCGCUCUCUCACCACUGACAUUACCAUCAAUAUCCUGGGGGUCACUGCUGAUUCUGGCAGUAUAGACGGUAGGUCCUGGCCUUGCUUGCAAUACCAGAUCCAGAAAGUGCAUUGGAAAAGAAACCAUUGCCUGCCUGCUUCUCGUCCACACACACCCUCUGAUUGAUUGAGGGAAGGAGGGAGGGUAUUGGCUGGAGAGCCCAUCAACAGGAAUUAAAAUCUCUCAUCUCUUUUCCCACACCUCUGGAUGCAAUUCACCAGCUUAUGUGGCUCGUAUUUUGCAGUACUUCAUCCAAAAAAUGUGUUGUUUGAUUUUUGCCACUGGUUCAUGCACAGUGAGGGGAAAGAAGUUGUGGAUAUACAAUUACCUGGAAUUGGAGGGCAUGGAUGGUUGACGGUUUGGGGCAGGUUACAAAGAAGCCUGUAGACAGAAUUAGUUACAAAUAAUGUUAUUGGCAGUCCUUAAGAUAAAUCAUUUUCCUUUGCAACAUUCAAAGAAAUUGAUCAAAGUAAUGAUGCUCCUCUACAUAAUGGAGCCAGGUGCAAUAGACUUGUCUAAGAAAGAAAAACACAAUCAUAACAGAAAAAAAACCUCUGCUUCCAUUCCCAUUCACGCACAGCAAUAUGGGAAACAUACAGAAGGAGCACAUGUCUAUUUAAUGAAGGUCAAAAAGAAAUCUCUUUUGAAAACAGUGUAAACAAAGCUCUGGAAUUAUUGCAGUUAAUACCAACAAUUAGGUUGCUUUCUUGUAGCACAAUUGGUGUCAUCAGAGUCCCACAUUUACAAUACUUUUUUCUAAUUAUUUAACAGUUUACUGUGCAAAUAAUUACAUUUCAACAACAGGUACUUUGUGUUUUACAUUGCUUGCUAUUUGCAGUCAACCACCCAGCACAUUACACAGCAAUAGGAAGGUUCUCCGAGGUAUAAGUAACCAAGUAAAUUUCUCUGCUCAGAAUAAAAAUAAAUUACUGGGUUCUGUAUAAAAUUACAGUGCUAGUAAAAGAAAUAUACAGUUGCCUUGUUAUUAAGUAUAAUAAGGCAGAUUAGACUUGGAACAAUAUUUAUUCUCUGCACCCUAUAGGUAUGCAGCUUGUGCAGUAUUUCCUAUAUUCUUUUUUCAUUGUCCUCAGCCUAUAUACAGCUUGCUUCCAUAUUUCUGUUUACCAGUUCGGAAGAGUGUAACUGACUUUCUCUCACCCCAUCUGUACCACAAAGGUUAAUGAAUUAUGGGCUUCUACUUACUUGAUAAAGCUUAUUCAUGCACUUGUGUGCUAUAUCAGAAAUUUGUCACAUUUCCAGCUGUAACAAAUUUUGAUUUUAUUCCUGUUGUGCAGUUCUUACUUUACCAUAUAUUCAUUCACAAAACAAUACUUUGCUUUCUAUAGCAGCUUCUUUGAUCAAAGCUGUUGUUUAAGCGGUACACAGAAUACACUAGCUGGAGUUCUACAGCAAUCAUUGCAAACCGAGAGA